AUGGCUUUGAACCUUUCUUCCCGAGCGGCCAGGACUGCCUGCGCUGCAUCCAAGAUUGCUGCUCGCCCAAUCGCGACUGUGAUUCCUUCCCGCACCUACGCCACCUCCCCCGAGGAGAACCAGCACGACAAGCCCCGAUGGUCCUACACUCCGUCGCAGGCCAAGGCACCCUUCAGUCUCCACCUCCACUCCAAGCGCCCUGCCUUCCACGUCAACUCCGACCCCGUCCUCCUUGACCGGUUCUACAUCCGCUUGUUCGGCAAUGGCGGCGACCAAGUUCUUUCGGAAGAGACCAAGUGGCUGGCCGUGACGCACAAGAGCUUCGACCAGGGACGCCGGGGAUAUAACGAUCGAUUGGCCUUUUUGGGAAAGCGCAUUGUGCAACUGCAGGCCUCUUUGGCUCUUGCGCAGAAUGUUCCUGCCGCCGCGCAGGGAACAUCCCCAGCCGAGAAAGACGAAUUCGGUCGCGUGCCUUUCACCCACGCCGCUCUGGAUGGAUUGAACAACCUCUCUUCCGAGACCAAGAAGGUUCUCACCGAGCGCGCCAAGCUCGCAGAGCUCGCAGAAAAGUACGACUUGCAGAAGGUUGUCCGAUGGAGCCCCAAACGGCCCGACGACCUCCGUGCAUCAGGCAUUGAACUUGUCCUUGCCAACACUCUCUACGCUGUCAUCGGCGCUGUUUCCCUGGAGAAGGGAGGCUUGGUUGCUAACCAGAUCGCUCGCGAGCGGAUACUGGAUCCCCUGGGCAUCAAGUCUGUUUCUUAG